GAGCCGGCUGUGCGCGGCCGGUGUGGGGGGCAGGAGGGGCUCCCCGGGCUGCUGGGCACUGGGCCGGGGGAGGGUGUUCGGGGGCGGCGGCGGGAAGGGGGUGCCCGACAGUCCCCUCUGUGCCGUGCAGCCGCCUGCCAGAAACUAGAUGAUGGGCAUUUAAACAACUCCUUGAGCUCUCCAGUUCAAGCCGACGUGUACUUCCCACGACUGAUAGUUCCAUUUUGUGGGCAUAUUAAAGGUGGCAUGAGACCAGGCAAGAAGGUGUUAGUGAUGGGCAUUGUAGACCUCAACCCAGAGAGCUUUGCAAUCAGCUUGACCUGUGGUGACUCGGAAGAUCCUCCUGCCGAUGUGGCAAUCGAACUCAAAGCCGUGUUCCCAGACCGGCAGCUACUUAGAAAUUCUUGUAUAUCUGGGGAAAGGGGUGAAGAACAGUCAGCAAUCCCUUACUUUCCAUUCAUCCCAGACCAGCCAUUCAGGGUGGAAAUUCUUUGUGAGCACCCACGUUUCAGAGUGUUUGUGGAUGGACACCAACUUUUUGAUUUUUACCACCGCAUUCAAACGUUAUCUGCAAUUGACACCAUAAAGAUAAAUGGGGACCUCCAGAUCACCAAGCUUGGCUGAUGUUGUUUAAACCACCUCUGUUCCCAGUAGGAUUAGGUGCCACAACUGUCUGACUGUUGGUCUGGAGGAAGUGUCCUAGCAAGAUCUGGAGACUCAAAAAGAAAACAAAAACAAAGGCAAGCUUCACUGUCUCUUUCUGUGCAGUUUAAACCCAAAAUGACAACUUCAACAGUGGUUUGCCCUUAGGAAGAAAGCUGUUGGGACAAAGACACCGAGCCAUUAUUCCCAGAACAAAGUAAUACAUUUAUGCUGGAUUUUAUUCAGACCAAACUAAAAUGGAUU